AUGGCUUGGGAAAACGUCAAGUCGUCGGAAGGAUUUCAUCCAACACGUCGUCCAACAGACUAUCUUCCAGAGCUAGGACCUUGGGAUGUAGCCCUUACGAAUGAAGCCCAAAGCCCGGAAGGGACGGAAGUAAACAAUGAAGAGGCGAACAUUGAAAGCAAGUCCCAUCGCUCCUCCCUCGAGGAGGAGCAAGGGCAAAGCAUGGGUAUCGAUGGGAAAGAGCACCCCAAGGAAGUAAACCCUCUCUUGGUGACAUGGGACGAAAACGAUGCUCAUGAAAAUCCCCGGGCGUGGAAAUCCUCCUACCGCAUGUUUCUGGUAUUUGUCGUCUCGUGCUACACGUUCCUAAGCCCCCUCUCCAGUACGGCCAAUGUACCUGCUCUGGACGUACUAAAGCGCGAGUUCAACGUCGAUUCAUUUGUCAUUGGCAACAUGAUGAUGUCUGCAUCCAUGCUUGCUUUUGUAGUGGGUCCUAGCUUUUAUGCACCGCUCAGUGAGCGGUACGGGCGAAAGUAUAUUCUUCAAGUGGCCAACGUCCUCUUUUUGAUAUUCAACGUGUGCUGUGGACUGGCAAAAAAUUCGUCCACCAUGAUUGUACUCCGUUUCUUUGCGGGUCUGGCUGGUGUCGCACCUGUGACGAUUGGGCCAGGCGUGGUUGCCGAUCUGUUUGAGCCAGAGGAGCGCGGUACAGCCAUGUCAAUGUACACGCUUUCGCCGAUCCUUGGUCCUUGCGUUGGGCCGAUUUAUGCCGGCUGGAUCAUACAGGCAUAUGGCGAGGACAAGUGGCCGUGGAUUUUUUGGGCGUCGACCAUGUUUAGCGGUGUGGUAACCGUCUUUGGCCUGUUUGUGCUCAAAGAGACGUACACGCCUGUGCUUCUAGAACGAAAGGCCAAAAAGCUGCGUAAGGAGACUGGGAACGAUGGGUACCACACGAUUUUCACACAAAAAGAAACACUUGGGCAGCGCGUUCUCCAUGGGUUACUGCGUCCCCCUAUCUUUUACUUUACACAGCCAGUUAUCUUUGUGGUGUGCACGUACCAGGCAUUGAUGUUUGGAUGCCAGUAUCUCUUGCUGGCAUCCUUUUCGCGCGUGUUCAAGGAAGAAUACGGAGAGCCGCCCGGCAUUGCAUCGCUGCAUUACAUUGCCAUGGUGCUCGGCUUCCUCGUCGCUGGCCAAGCUGGAGGGCGCUGGACCGAUUGGAACUACCGCCGCUUGAAGGCAAAGAAUGGUGGCGUUGGCAAGCCCGAGUUUAAAUUGCCAUUGUUGAUUGCUACUGGCAUCUUUAUGCCAGCAGGGCUGCUCUUGUACGGAUGGACAGUCGAGUACCAUAUACACUGGAUCGUGCCGGAUAUCGGUAUCUUUAUCUUGGCAUGCGGUGCGCGUGCAACAAUGUUUAUCAGCCCAUUGUACCUUGCAGACUCUGUGACGAUGUAUGCAGCGUCGGCGUCAGGCGCAGCCGUCAUGACGCGCGGCGUUUUCUCGUUCACAUUUCCCCUGUUUGCACCGAAUAUGUAUGACGCCCUAGGACAAGGAUGGGGUAACAGUGUAUUGGCGCUUGUAACGGCAUGUCUUGGAUUGCCAGCGCCAUUUAUACUGUACAAAUAUGGCGAGCGGCUGCGGCUGCGCUCUUCGUACUCGAAACGUGGGAUGACUUUGAUGACCUAA